GCUAGCUGCUUCACAAAACACAGCACAACUAGCUGCAUAUCCACCACCAUUCUCAUUCUGCCAUGGAGGUUGAUCACCGCAUCAGGGUGAGCGGCGGCGACGGCGAGACGACGACCGGACAAGCCGGCGUUGUCGGUGUGUUCUUCGCGGGCUGCUGGCUGCGGCUCCGCUCGGUGCUCGUCGGGCUCUGCUGCUGGGUCGCGGGGUUCGCCAGGAAGGUGGGCAGGAUCGCCAGGGAGGAUCCAAGGCGGGUGGCGCACUCGUUCAAGGUCGGCCUGGCGCUCACUCUGGUGUCCGUCUUGUACUACGUGACGCCGCUGUUCAAGGGCUUCGGGGUCUCCACGCUCUGGGCCGUGCUCACCGUCGUCGUUGUCAUGGAGUACACCGUCGGUGGCACGCUGAGCAAAGGCUUGAAUAGAGCCUUCGCGACGUUUGUGGCUGGAUUCAUCGCCGUGGGAGCUCAUCAGGUAGCUAACCGCUGUGGUGCGCAGGGGGAGCCAAUACUGCUCGCCAUCUUCGUCUUCUUGCUAGCGUCGGCAGCAACAUUCUCGCGCUUCAUCCCAGAGAUCAAGGCGAGGUAUGACUACGGCGUGACCAUCUUCAUACUGACCUUCAGCCUGGUGGCCGUGUCGAGCUACCGCGUGGAGGAACUUAUUCAGCUGGCACACCAGCGCUUCUCCACCAUCGUCAUCGGCGUCCUUACCUGCCUCUGCACCACCAUCUUCGUCUUCCCUGUCUGGGCCGGCGAGGAUCUUCACAAGCUCACCGCAGGCAACCUCGAUAAGCUGGCACAGUUUCUUCAAGGAUUGGAAUCUGAAUGCUUUGGAGAAAAGGCUGCCAGCGAGAAUUUGGAGGGCAAAGCCUUUCUACAAGUGUACAAGAGCGUCCUCAACUCCAAGGCCAGUGAGGACUCCCUGUGCAAUUUUGCCAAGUGGGAGCCCGGUCAUGGCAAAUUCGGCUUCCGGCACCCAUGGAGCCAAUACCAGAAGCUCGGAGCUCUUUGUCGUCAGUGCGCGUCUUCAAUGGAGGCUCUUGCUUCCUAUGUCAUCACACUGCAAAAGUCCCAGUACCCUGAGGCCAAUCCAGAGCUAACCUUGAAGGUCCGAACGGCGUGCGGGGAAAUGAGCUCGCACUCUGCUAAGGCGCUCAAGGAGCUAUCAACGGCCAUUCGGACAAUGAUCGUACCAUGUCCAGCCAACAUCGCCAUGUCCGCAGCCAUCAAAGCUGCAAAAGACCUCAGAAAUGAAUUGUCAGAGGAAGCAGCCCUGUUGCAAGUGAUGCAUGUGGCUGUUACUGCCACACUUCUCUCAGACUUGGUUACGACAAUAGUGAAAAUUGCAGAAACCGCUGACAAUCUAGCACGGCUUGGCCACUUCAAGAAGCCUGAAAAAACUCAGAAAGAUGUCGCUAUCAACAUUCCGAGCAGAUAAAGACGCAAAUUUCCUUCCAAAGGAAAAAAAAAGAGGCAAACUUCUGUCCUCAGGUGUGGUUAUUCUAAAAAAAAUAACGUGAAAGUUCCCCUCCCUUAUACGGAGUACGUGGUUAGAUAGAAAUGAGGCACGAAACGGAGACUGCUGCUCGAACGCGGGUGGGCGAGCUCAUCCGCAUGUGCUCGAACCAACCAGACACUACUCGGUUCUCAUGUGGUUGUUCUAUCCAGAGAAUAAUCCACGGGAGCAUCAAUGCUAAGCCGAAUCUAUCGUGUACAGUACUAUAUCGUGUAUACAGCAAGUGACUAAUUUCUUCAGUAUUAUAGAAGUAAUUAUGAUGCUGAAUUUUGAUAAUAAAGCAUUGCAGUCU